AUGUCAGCAGCAGCGGCGAAAGGCGCCGCAGCAAGUCAGCAGCAGCAGCGAAAGGCGCUGCAGCAAGUCAGCAGCAGCAGCGAAAGGCGCCGCAGCAAGUCAGCAGCAGCAGCAGCGAAAGGCGCUGCAGCAAGUCAGCAGCAGCAGCUAAAGGCGCUGCAGCAAGUCAGCAGCAGCAGCGAAAGGCGCUGCAGCAAGUCAGCAGCAGCAGCAACAGGCGCUGCAGCAAGUCAGCAGCAGCAGCGAAAGGCGCUGCAGCAAGUCAGCAGCAGCAACAGCAGCAACGCGCUUCCGCGCAAAGCCGCCAACUGCAGCGCAGCAGCUGCAGCGCUCCUGCUUCUUUGGUUCUGUGCUUCUGCUGCUUCUCAAGAGCUGCUGCUGCUGCUGCUGCUGCUGCUGCUGCUGCUGCUGCUGCUGCUGCAGCUGCAGCAAACUGACCAUCUUGAUGAAGUGGGACUGCGUCAUGAAUCCGUUGUAGGCGUAGAAGUCGAAGACCUGCUGCAGCGGGCGGUCUAA